UCGGGAACCUUCUGGUAAUUCCCGUGGUACAUCGAACACUCGUGGUUAGGCGAUUGGGCUUCGUCACAGAAACAUUGUUGUGCUUGUGCCUGAGGAACCUCGAAGCUUUUGGUGUGCAAAAAUGGCGAGAUCUCUACGACAGGGCUUGAACCUCGCUCGAGCUCAAAUGCUAUCGCGGCCAAGAUGGCUCUAUUCACAAUCGGAGGCGUUGGUGGAGACCAGAACCAAUGACAUCGGCAUCAUCUCUGGGAUCCCUGAAGAACAUCUACGACGAAGGGUUAUAAUCUAUUCACCUGCUCGAACUGCAACCCAACAAGGUUCUGGGAAAGUCGGGAAAUGGAAAAUUAAUUUUCUUUCGACACAGAAGUGGGAAAACCCAUUGAUGGGUUGGACUUCCACAGGUGAUCCCUAUGCCAAUGUUGGUGAGGCAGGACUGACUUUUGAAAGUGAAGAAGCUGCAAAGGACUUUGCUGAGAGACAUGGUUGGGACUAUACGGUCAAGAAGCGCCACACACCACUUUUAAAGGUUAAGACAUAUGCAGACAACUUCAAGUGGAAGGGCCCUGCAAAGAGUGAAAAGAGUGCAGCGGAUACUGCGCGCAUAUGAGAUUACUCUUCUGGAGGCCUAUGAGUACCUAUGCUUAGUUUCUUCAUCAAUCUUGGUAUCAUAUCAUCCCCGUUGUUAGUUAUGUAAUGUUAUUGAACUGAAAAUAAUUGUGAUUAUGAACAACAGAACAAGUUUCUCUCUCUUAAAAAAGCUGACCAUACAUAUACUCAGCCUCAGACUCCUUAUAUAUGCAUAUACAUGAAAAAAAAAUAUAGUAGACACUGAAGGUGCACUUUCUAGUGAGCUAGCUACGCUACAUUUUAAUUACAUUAUUUGACAUUUCAAGCAUUAGAUGAACUGGACUGAGAUCCCUCUUUGCUGUGAGUGUGGAACCUCCAACUAAAGAGGUAGUCCUUAGUCUCACAGGACAGCUUGAUCACAUCACAGAAAGCAUUGAUUGCAUGCUUAUUCAUCUCAUUUCCCCACUCAAUCCUCACCCAGCAUGAAAACCCAUUUGAUGAAACUGGUACCCCUGACUCAGAAAGCUCAAGUAUGACCUCCCCACUGAUCCUCUUGCAAGAGCUCCCUCCGAAACGCCCAUCACUGGCCACCAUAGAA